AUGGAAGCUCUUGAUAAGCAUGAAAUUGGUACAUUUGAUUUAGUGGUGGUGAACUUGUAUCCCUUUUAUGACAAAGUUUCUUCUACUGGUGGAAUUGCAUUCGAGGAUGGAAUUGAGAACAUCGAUAUUGGAGGCCCUGCCAUGAUCAGAGCUGCUGCAAAGAAUCACAAGGAUGUCUUGGUUGUUGUUGACUCGGAAGACUAUCCCGCACUCCUAGAAUAUCUUAGAGGAAAGCAGGAUGAUCAGCUGUUUAGAAGGAAACUGGCCUGGAAGGCUUUUCAACAUGUUGCUUCUUAUGAUUCUGCAGUAUCAGAGUGGUUGUGGAAGCAGACUGUGGGAGACAAGUUUCCUCCCAGCCUGACAGUGCCUCUCUCACUCAAAAGUUCACUUCGCUAUGGAGAAAACCCUCAUCAAAAGGCUGCAUUUUAUGUUGACAACAGUCUCUCCGAAGUUAAUGCUGGUGGUAUUGCAACUGCCAUUCAACACCAUGGAAAGGAAAUGUCCUAUAAUAACUAUUUAGAUGCUGAUGCAGCUUGGAACUGCGUGUGUGAGUUUGAUAAGCCUACUUGUGUGAUUGUGAAGCAUACCAAUCCUUGUGGGGUAGCUUCACGAGAUGAUAUCAUUGAAGCAUAUAGGUUAGCUGUGAAAGCAGAUCCAGUGAGUGCAUUUGGUGGUAUUGUAGCCUUCAACAUAGAAGUUGAUGAGGCUCUUGCAAAGGAUAUCCGAGAAUUUAGAAGCCCAACAGAUGGUGAAACUAGGAUGUUUUAUGAGAUAGUGGUUGCCCCAAAGUAUACGAAAAAAGGGCUUGAGAUCCUUCGUGGGAAGUCCAAGACUUUAAGAAUCCUUGAGGCAAGCAAAAAUAGUAAAGGCAAGCUCUCACUUAGACAAGUCGGUGGGGGCUGGUUAGCUCAGGAUGCUGAUGAUUUGAUCCCACAAGAUAUCCAAUUUAAUGUUGUUUCUGAGAGAACUCCACAAGACAAUGAGCUUCGUGAUGCAGAGUUUGCUUGGCUGUGUGUAAAACAUGUCAAGAGCAACGCCAUUGUUGUUGUGAAGAACAAUUGUAUGUUAGGUAUGGGAAGUGGGCAGCCGAACCGUCUGGAGAGUUUGAGGAUAGCUUUAAGGAAAGCAGGAGACGAAGUUAAAGGGGCUGCUUUGGCUAGCGAUGCCUUCUUUCCAUUUGCCUGGAAAGAUGCUGUUGAAGAAGCUUGUGAAAGUGGUGUAAGUGCUAUUGCCGAACCUGGUGGGAGCAUCAGAGAUGCGGAUGCGAUAGACUGUUGUAACAAAUAUGGGGUCUCUCUUCUUUUUACCAAUGUGAGGCACUUUAGGCAUUAA